AUGGCCACCAACAUCCAGCGAGGAACCGCCGCCGCAGCCGAAGCCCACCACCUCCCCGCCAUCCACAUAGCCAGGGAAGUGGCCCACCUGACCACGCCGGCGCCGCCCGCCGCCAAGCAGCGCCGCGUGCUACCAGCCAUGGCCGCCGCCAGGGAUCUGAGGCGCAGGCGGGCCGCCAGCCGCGGGGCCCCGCGGGAGAGGAGAGCCACGCCACGGGAGGAAGACCCCGCCGCUGCCGCCACGACGCAGGCUUCGCCCAGUGUCGUCCAUAAAGUAUUCCCACUAAGAUAUGUUGUAUGUUCUUUACUCAAACAUAUUCAGGUGAUCAUUGUUCCUUUCUUGGAUGGUAUUCUUGGAGCAGAAAUACCUGCAUAUACAUGGCUUGGAGCAUUUUUAUCAGUUCUCGGGGUUGGUAUUCUGGAGUUAAGUGGUUCUCCACCAUGUGUUGGUGAUCUUCUGACCCUCCUUAGUGCCUUUUGUUUUGGAAUUCACAUGCUCAGAACCGAGCAUAUUUCCAGGAAAAUGAAGAAAGAAAAUUUCCUACCGCUUGUUGGAUGUCAGGUGGUUGUCGUAGCUGUUGUGUCGGCAGUCUCGUUCAUUGUUAAAUGCUUCCUCCAGAAUGUGGUACCCUGGAAUUUAAAAUCAGGGACACCAACAGAGUUAUUCAGUAUGAUGUCAUCGUUUCCUUGGCUAGCAAUACUAUACACAGGCAUAAUCGCAACAACCUUUUGUUUAUGGGCAGAGAUCGUUGCUAUGCGUGAUGUAUCAGCUACAGAAACUGCAAUAAUUUAUGGUCUGGAACCAGUAUGGGGUGCUACUUUCGCAUGGGCAAUUCAUGGCGAGAGAUGGGGCAUUACUGGACUUAUUGGAGCUAUCUUCAUCAUAGCCGGUAGCUUGAUGGUUCAGGUACUGGGGUCAUUUCUUGAUAUUGAUGUAUCAGAGGACAGUUACCAGAUGAACAGCUGAUACAUAAAUUGCAAAAAUACGAGGAUUUCACAUGAUAUGAUCAGUUGAUCACUACUGCGAAGUAAUACGCCAAGUAGUUAGCAUGACACUGCAACAAGAUCUAACUACAAUUAUGGCCAGUUGCACAAGGAAUGGAAAGCUCACUAGGCUGACAAAAAUAGGGGUGGCUCACUGGUGGCCUGAGCAACUGAUGAAAACAAACUGUGGUGCCUCGUGGCAUGGAGAACACAUCUACAGAAAAUGGUGAUGUGUAUCACUCCACUAAACGCUUAGGGUAGCCUGAUGUAGUAUCAGUAACAGUCUAAAUCCUUCUUUCUCUCAAUGUAAAUCCAUCCACAUGAUGUAGUAUGUAAUAGAUUACUUCAUGCUGACAUGAAACUAGAUUGUACCAACCUUUGUUUUAGUACGUUAUCGUUCAUUGCCAGCUA